AUUCGGUCAGAAUCUGUUCAACACGUGUGUUUGUCUUUACUAUUGUUUUAGAUAGAUAUAUUUGGAUUUUGGCUUAAUUAGUUGACGCCAAAGAGCAGAUUUAAUAGAGCAAAAGAGGAGUAGGUAGAUUUCAUCGAAUCAGGAGCCGAGUAGAUAACACACGUUUUCAAACAGAAUUAAAGCAUCGUCAAACCUCUCUAUAUACGUAUUUACGAACGGAAACGUAAACAAAAUUCUUCGCUUCUCUAAAUAAAUAACAAGGAUAAAAAGAGGAUUGCUGUCAAAAAGAUAAAAAUGAAGAAGACCCUACUUUUCUGCCUCUUCUUGCUUAACUCCCUUCUCAUUUGUGCGAAGGCUACAAAGGAAGCAAAUUUAAUUGAAAGUGCUGCAAAUCUCCUCGAACGUAUGCAUCGUUCCAAACUAUUAAAGGAUAAAAUAAUUCCUAAUAUCAUGUUGGAAUAUUACUCCAAAUUUAAUAGAAGUUCCAUUUACCUGAAUGGUUUCGUGGGUAACACGCUGAGAUACGUUAAAGGCUAUAAAGUUAACCUAGGCGAUAAAGACUUUUUAAUAUUCAACAUCUCCGCCCUCCCCAAGGCCGAAAAGCUAAAGAACGCUCAAGUACACUUAUGGCACGAUCGUUCAAAGUCUUCUUGGAACAGGACCUUCCUAACAAUUCAUACAAUUCGCCGAAAUUCUAAACCUGUUAUUGAGAAGGGCUAUUAUGAAGUGAAGCAUGGAAAAGUUAAUUUAGCCAAAGCUAUCCAACGAAUCAGAAGCUGGUCUAAUACACAAACGAUCUUUGGUAUUUCUUUACACGAAACUGAUUGGAAAAAGUUAUCAAAAAACCCUUACCUUCUUCUCUUGUCUGAUGGUACAAACAGUUUAUCCGUAGAUCAUCUACCAACUCAUUCACGAUCAUUUUUUCACUCAAAACAUUGGAAAGGUAUAAUAAAGGAAAAAGAAAAUGAGGUAGUCUCCCCUUCUAAUAGUCUAUUACCAAGUGAAGACGAAAUGCAGAGAAAAAACUGGAAGAGUUUUAAUCAUAAACUUCUAUCAUCUAGAAGUAAACGCGAUACAAGAACAAAACUCUUUCCGAAGAAUUCUCACAGGGCCUUGGGAAGUAUACUCGAUGAGCAAACGUUACCACCGGAGGAAUGGUAUGAUAAACACCAGAAAAGAUCUCGAAAGUGGAAUAGGCGUCGUCGAAAGCUUCGAAAGCGCCUUCGCCGUAAGAACGAUCGCCGUUGCAGUAAGAGAAAGCUCGAUUUAAGAAUUGAGGAUAUUGGUUGGAACGAAUGGAUUAUAGAACCAAAACGUUUACGCAUAAACUAUUGUGAGGGAUCUUGCAACUUUUCUAAGCCGAUUUCUAUGGCGUCAAAUCACGCAGUAUUACAAAGCGUUAUCAACGUCGUAAUGAUGCCAGACAGAGUUCCGAAUACUUGUUGCGUGCCUCGUAGAAUGUCAUCACAAACCUUCCUCUAUCGAGAUUUGUUGCACGACGUAAUCACAUUGAAGAGCUACCCAAAGAUCAGUGUCCAAACCUGUGUAUGCGCCUGA